CCGGCAUUUGUCAGUUUCAGUCAGACCGUUCAGUUAAAUUCUCGUUCUUUGGCUUAUAGUAUAUAGUUUUCAACCUUCAACGUGUACAUCUCUAGUCAACGUCUCUUCAAGCGUCAUUAUAUUCUCUUUUAGAUAUAUUAAAUUAUAACUAUUACAAUUAAAUUUAUCAAUUGUUUGUGAUUUUUUUUUAAGUUAUUAACAUUUUUCUCAUUGAAACGUUUAUUGUAAGUCAAAAUUUUUUUUUUUUUUUGUCAUUUUCUCACAUUAAAACAAAAUUUGUAAUUCCACCAUCUUCAGAAAGAAAAUUUCAUCAGUCAAUUGAAACAGAACUAGAUCAAAAAUGCCUCCAGAUGUAACAAGUACCCCAACAGAAGUGUUGCUCGAAGGUGAAAUGCUCGAUGACAUUCGUUCUUCAAUGGUUAAGGAUGCAUUUGUAAAACCGGAAAAAUAUAAAAUUAGAAUCGUCUGGAGAAAUGUCAUUAUUUUCACUUUUCUUCAUUUAGGAGCACUCUAUGGACUUUACCUUUGUUUCACAUCAGCUAAAUUAUUAACCACAAUAUUUGCAUUUAUCCUGUAUCAACUAACUGGAUUUGGCAUCACAGCGGGCGCACACAGACUAUGGGCUCAUAAAUCGUACAAAGCCAAAUGGCAGCUUAGCUUACUGUUGACCAUUCUAAAUACGAUGGCCUUUCAGGAUGCUGCGAUAGAUUGGGCCAGAGAUCACAGAGUGCAUCAUAAAUACAGUGAAACUAAUGCAGAUCCUCAUAACGCAACGAGAGGCUUCUUCUUUGCACAUGUUGGUUGGCUAUUGUGCCGUAAACAUCCUGACGUGAGGAGUAAAGGCAAAGGAAUUGAUAUGAGCGAUUUGAUCAAAGAUCCGAUACUCGCUUUCCAGAAAAAAUACUACACAAUUUUAAUGCCUCUGUUUUGUUUCGUGAUACCGACGCUCAUUCCAGUAUUGUUGUGGAAUGAAACAUGGACGAAUGCAUAUUUCAUUCCAACAAUUCUUCGAUAUGUAUUCACAUUGAAUAUGACGUGGCUCGUCAAUUCAGCUGCCCAUCUUUUUGGCAAUAAACCAUACGACAGGUUUAUCAAUCCAGCUGAAAAUCAUGGUGUCGCAAUAAUGGCAUUGGGCGAAGGAUGGCACAAUUAUCAUCAUGUUUUCCCAUACGAUUACAAAACAGCAGAAUUGGGCAACUAUAGGUUUAAUUUUACAACAGCAUUUAUUGAUUUCUUUGCGAAAAUUGGUUGGGCAUACGAUUUGAAGACAAUUUCACAAGACAUGGUUCAAAAACGUGUUGAGAGGACAGGCGAUGGAAGUCAUGAUAUUUGGGGUUGGGGCGAUAAAGAUCAACUUCCUGAAGAACGAGAACAAACAAUCAUCAAAAAUCCAACGAAAUCUGACUAGAAUUAUAAACCAAGUGGUUCACAACCUCCUAGUGCACAUUAAGUAGUCAAGUGAUUUUUUUUUUUAAUUAGUAAUAAGUAUAAACAAUAAUUGUCGACUCAAUUGAAUUCUCACCUUAGUUCAUAUUGUCCUGGAAGCUUAUUAUCAUUAUUAUUUUUUUUUCAAGAAUUUACAAAUGGCACAUAAUUGUGAUACAGUUUUAGUGUGAAAUAAAUUUUUGUCCCUUUUUUUUAUUGUAAAAAUUAAUAAGUAAGAAUAAAGAAGAAGAAGAAAUAAGAGAGAAAAAGUGCACAACUUUUUUUUUUUUGCAAAAUUUUUUUUCUUUUCGAAAAAAAAAGAAAAAAAUUUUUUGUAAAAUUACUAGCUCCCAGUUUUUUAUGUUCUAAGGUGGGAAUUCAUUCUUUGUAAAUGUCACGCGUUUAAUUCAAUGUCCAAGAAUUAAACAAAAAAAAAAAAAGAAAUAUUAAUAAUAAUAAAUAAUCAAAAUACGAGAGUAAAAGGCAAUGAAACAUAAAACAAAAAAAAAAAAAAAAGUAUACUGCGUCAGAGGCUUGACACAUAUUCACUGUUAAUUAUAUAUACAGUAAAAAAAAAAAAAAAAAAAAUUUUAAGGGAAACGAGAAAAUUUCUCCAAAAUUCCCUUGAAAUUUCGUAAAAAAAUUUUUGCAAGACUGCGGGCACUAUAAAAAAAAAAACUUUAUCCCGUUCUAUCCAUUUCUUCCCAAAUUUACCCAUCUUCCCUCUUUUUGUCUUUUUAUCCCUUUGCACGCAAAAUUUUCAAUCCUUUUCUAUAUUUCUACUGGUGUCUGUCCCUUUUCUACUAUAUUACAAAAAUUUAACACUUUGCAUCGUAUUUGUCAAAAAUACAAAAUUUUCAAUUAAAAAUUUUAACUAAAAAAAAAGGAGAGAAUUAAAAUUAAAUGAAAAUCAAAAUUUACAAUAACGUUUUCAAAAACAAUAUUUUUUUUUUAUUAAAAAUUGUCAAAUGUAUUAAAAAAAUACGCGCAAAAAGUUAAAUGACUGUGAAAAAAAAAAGAAAUCAAUGAUAUUAAAUAAGACAUCUGCUCGCAGACUGCUUUUGCUCCAAUAAUUUUUUUUUUUUCAAAAUAUAAUUAGAUUUAAUUAAAGAUAAUUUAGAUUUUUUGCACUUUUUUUUAUCUACACUUUUUUUAAUUAUUAUUUUUUUUUUUUUUGCUAAUAUUUAUUGCUCCGAUAAAUUUGAAAAAAAAAAUUGUGGAAAAAUCUUUUGAUUAUUUUUCCACAUUCAAGACACAUGUAGAUUAAGUAUCGAAAAAAAAAAUUUAGGUGGUGAUAUAUAAUUUUAAAGUAAAAAAAAAAAAUAGCGAGUAAAGCGAAAUAAGAAUGGUGGAAAUGGUAUGAAAAUUCAAUAAUUUAUAUACAUAUAUAUUUAAAUAACAAAAGAAAAAGUGAAAAUUCUUGCAGAAUAAUUAUUUUCUUAAUUUCAAUAGAAAAAAAAAGAAUUUUUUUGCAGAGACUAUUCGCGUAACUUACCUUGUACCUGUCAAAUUCUUAAUAUUUACUUUAAAAGAUAAACGUGAAUUUGAUAAAUUUUUCAAAACAAUUUUUGUGAUUAUUAAAAAAAAAAAAAAAAGAAUUUUUCGAAAAACGCGAAGGUUUAAAAAAAAGAACAUAUAUAGAAAAAGCAAACAUUUUUUGACAAAGAAAAGACUAACUUUUGCAAUUAACGAUUAUUUAAUGAAAAAAAACUUGAUUAAUACAUAAUGAUAAAAAUGAUGAUGAUGAUGAUGAUGAUGAUGAUAAUGAAAAAAGCGAGAAAAGAAUUUCUUAUUGCUGGUCGGUAAGGUGGUCUUUUCAAGGUUUACAAUUUGUUUACAUAAUAAUUAUAUUUUUAAAAAAUGUUACUACUCAAAGUAUCAAAAAAAAAAAAAAAAAAAACAAACAAAACACUUGCUGUAUUUAUGAAGUGCGAAACAAUUUAAAAAUAAAAGAAAACUAUAGACAUUGCUGCAUCACUUGAAUGGUGUAUUCUACAAUCUUUAAAAAAAAAUGGAAUUUGUUUACUGUACGUCCAGAAAAUUGUUUAAUAAAACCAUGUAUUUUAAAAUAAAUUUAA